AUGCAAAUCAGGUUGAUAAAUAAGAAUCAAGUUAAUGAAGUAUUUAGAAAAUUAGAAUCAUUCUAUAUUGAAAAAAUCAGAGUUUUGAUGAUUGGAUAUGAUAUAAACAUCUUUCUAAGCAUAAUUUUUAUAUUAGUUAAUCAUGCUUUUCGCUUUUAGCUUUCAAUAAAUACUUAAGUAAUUAAGGAUUUAGAAAGCUAAGAUUAUCUGAUAUCUAACUUAAAUAGAUUCUAAUUAUUAUUACCAAAUGCAUCAUAUCGAAAUAUAAUAUUUUACUUCUCACUUUCUGUAAAUUCUACUCUCAUCAUUUAUUUAUUAGCCUAGUCUUUUGUCUACAUGAUAACUCAAAAAAAGACAUCAGAUGUAGAAGAAGAAAGACUUUAAUAACUUAAAAACUAUGAAAAGACGUUCUCUUUUUUCUAUUAAAGCUACAAUUAUAUAUUUUUGAUACCUUUUUCCUAUUUUAGCUCAGAAUCUUCAAGCGAUAAGAGCAUUUUGUGGCUCCUUAACUUUAUAUUUACUAUGCUAAUAAGUUACAUCUGUUGUCUUAAUAUAUAUGAACACGCUUAUGCAACAAAAAAUAAAAUUUCUAAAAGAUAUUCUUAUUUUACAUAUUUAAUAGCAUUAAUAGAGAUAUUAAAUGCAGUUUUUAACAGUAUCUUAAAUUAUAAGAUAAUUGUUUAUGUCAAUAUAGCUAUGAAUUUAGCUACUUGCUUGGAUAUUAUUUACGAAUUACCUUACUAUACUUAGAUCUUGCAAAAGAUAAAUAUGUACUGUUGUAUAUUUAAUUUUUUAUCAAGUGUUAUUUUUACUUUUAAUGUUUAUAUUGAUGUGGGUAGAGAUUUGUCUUUAUUGCUUUGCUUAAUUUGUAUUAUACCUAUCUCAAUUAAAGUUGGGAACCUUAUUUAUAGGAGUUUGAUAAAUUAAGCAGAAUACUAGUUGCUCUAAUCAAUAAAUAACCCAGAUUUUGAGUGCAGGAAUCCUAAUUUCAUAGAUAUUUAUCUAAGAAAACUUUAUGAAAAAACUUAAUUUAAUUUUAAAUUUAGUCAUUUCUUUAAUGAUCCAGAGACUUGCUUAACUUUAUCUGCUUUAAUUUCAUCUGAAUCUAUUGAAGAUAAUAUAGAAGAUGAAAAAGAGGAUUACAUAGGGCUUUCAAGACAAACAUUUAUUGUUUAAGAGUUUUUUAGAGACUUAUAUAAGCAAAUCCUCAAAGCGCGUUAGAAAAUCGACAAAAAAGCAAAUAUAAAAUAUUGUUACAUGUCAUUUUUAAUUCAAGUGUACAAAAAACGAACAAUAGCUUACUUAGAAAUUUUAAAUGAAAAAAAUGACAAGACAAGAUAAAAAUCUUUAAGAGAAAAAUAAUCUCUUUACUCAAUAUUAUAGCAAGCUGAAGAAUCCUUCAAGUAUGAAGCCUUUAUGAAUGAUCAUAUCAAUGUUUUGUAAAUUAUUGACUACGAUAGGGAGUUGAAAAAUAAUUAAUUCCUACUUGAAGAUUGCAUUAAAAAUAAGAAGCUACUCCUAAAUGAUAUGUCUAAUAAUAUUAUGGACUUAAAUUAAUUUUUUAAAAAAGCCACCUAGCUGAUUCAAUAGAGGAAACUUUUAAAAGCGAAAUUGCAUUAAAGCUGCGCAAUUAAUGAUGAAAAUAGUAACUUGAAAGAAUAGAUUUAAAGUUACAUAUAUUUUCUUAGCAUGGGCGAUGUCAAGCUUAAAAAUUUUUACUAAAAGUCUUCAUAGAGCAAUUAAUAGUAAAUAAAUAAUCAGUAGAAUACUGGACAAAAUCAAGCAGCCCCUAAAAUUUAAAUGUACAGAUCAGAGCGUUUUAGCAUUGUUUUUAUAACUCUAGUUAAAAAUAUAGGAACAAUCACAGGGGCGUCUAAUAAUUUAGGUACUCUAUUUGACUACCAAAACCACGAAAUGAUUGGAAAAAAUAUUAAUAUAAUUAUCCCUUCCAACAUUUCAACAAAACACCAGUAAAUUUUAAAUAACUUUUCUAAAAGAGGCUCUAAUAAUCAUUGCUUUUAGAACUUCAGAUUUAUUCUUGGGUAAAAUAAGAAAGGUUUUAUUAUACCUCUAAUGCUUAAGUUAAAAAUUGAUAUUGUAGGCAAAGAUGAUUUUGGAAUAAGUGGAAUCUUUAGAAGGGUUAGCGAAAAGUAGAAUUUCAUGAUGAUCUCUGAAGCAUUUAACAUUUCAGGCAUUUCUGAAAGUAUUUACAAAGAAGUCUUUUCUUAAUAUUUUACUUUAAGUGAAGUAUAAUAAUUUAAUGUUAAUAAAUUGAUUCCACUAUUUUUAGGAACAGUCACAAUUAAAAAUGAAGAAGAUGUAGCGUAUUCAAACAAUUAAGAUGAAAUAUUUGAAUCCUUUUUAAUUGUCAACUACUCUAAGCAGGCUCGUUAGAUCUUAUUUUAAAAAACAUUUAGCAUCGAAAAUGACAUUUAAUAAAUUUAAUUAUCAACCAGCAACAUUUAUAAAAUUGUUUUUUAAUUGCAAUCUCACUUUUCGUAUGGCUUUAGAUAUUAUAACUUAAUUAUAAAUAGUUUUAGUAAAAUAAAAUAACUUUCAGAAGAAUAUGCUAGUGCUUGUUCUACUCUUGUGUAGCAGCUCGAUGAAAUUUAUCAAACUCCCAGAUAAAUUCUUUUAAAUUUAAUGGACCAAUGCUUAAAUUUAAAAUAUGAUGAUGAAGUUAGCAUCGAAAAAAUGAUUACAAAUAAAUUAGCAGAGUAAAAUAGUGUUUUUCUUCCAUUAGAUGAAAGUAAUUAAGUGUAAAUUAAUCAAAUACCUAGUAAGAAAGAAAUUGAAAGCAAUUUUAAUCCAUUUAAUUAAAUAUAAAAAUCCAUCAACAAUAUUUCUGAUGACCAAAAUGAUUAAAAGCCAGACAAUAAUUUAUAAAUGCCUUAAAUUAAUCAUUGUGAAUCUCUUAAAUAAAUUUAAACCAACAAUGAUGAUAAUAUAUAACUAACUUAAGUUAGUAAAGAAAACAAUAACUCAAACUCAUAAUAAGUGUAAAAUUAUGUAAGGCAUAAAAAUGAGCUAAAUUUGAGGAAAUAAAAAAAAAAUUUGACGUUUGCUGAUAAUUUUACAAAUAACUAUAUUCUUAAAAGAAAAAAGUCAAAUAACACUAUUAAUGAAGAACCAGUUGAAGAACAAGAAAGUUUUGCUUAAACAACAAAGAGCAAUAAAACAAGUGGUACUUAGAGUAAAAGUUAAAAUAGUCAAUCUUAAGUUUUGUAGAAGAUACAAGAAACAAAAUUAGCUUUAGAAUAAAAUGAUAUUUAUUAACAGUAAAUGUAUUAAAGUGCAGGCAACAAGAGAUUGUAACAAUUUGCUUAAAAACUAAAAUUUAGUUUAUAAAAUUCUAAGAAUAAGUAAAGUCCAAAAUUGAAAAAAUCCCCUUUAAGCCCUGAAAAAGUUAUUUAAAUUUUACAAUUAAAUAAAAAAAGUAGUUCAAAUGAAUUCUAAUCACCUUUAUAGAAUUAGAGAGGCAUUAAGUUUUAAAGAAAAAAUUAGAGAAAAGGAUUAAUUAGGUUGUUAACAAGUAGGAUGUAAGAUAAAGAAAAUGUAGUGUCUGAAAGUGAUAGCAGCAAUAACAGUGCAAAAAGUAAAACAAAGAAAAAUACAAUUAUUGAUUAGAGUACAGACUAGCACAAACGAAAUCAUAUGCAUAAACAUACAUUUGUUUCAAUAUAAAAAAAAUCUAGCUCAGAGAUAGAUUAAAUAUCUCCAUUUUCUAACUCUCCUUUAUCAUCAUUUAGGUAAGGCAAGCAAAGAACUAUCAUGCUAAAGAGUAUAUAAAAUCUUCUUCAACAAUAAUUUUAGAAUAUCUAAAAGUAAGAAGAUAAUAAUGAAGAAAAUGGUCAGCAAAGCAAUAGUUAAGAUUUAGAUAUAAAAUAAGCUCCUUUGACAUCUGAUAGAGAACAAAGCUAGAAAAAUUUUGCUAUUUUUGAAAAAGAUGACAAAGAAGAUAUGCUCAAAAGCUAUAGAAAGAAUUUGAAUUCUUAACAGGAAAUAAAUAAUCUUAAUGAAAAUGGCAAGAUUAAAAUAAAACUUGGCAAUAUUGUUUAAUAAUCAGAAAAAAGCUUCAAAGAAGAUAUGAUUAAAAGUAAGAUUUCUAGUUUAGAUUUUCUUAAAAAUAGUAAAAUUGAAUCAGGUACUAAAAUCUCAAAGAAGGGUUCAACUCUCAUGAUAAGUAAGAACACCGAAAUGAAUCACAUGAGUAAGUAUAGUUUUGAAAAAGCUCAGGAAAUGCAAUCUAAAAAUACAAAAUUUGAUGUAUACGACUAUGACUUCUCUUCUUCAUCCUCAGAGUCAUCAGGAAGCUUAAAAAAUUAAAAUCAUAAUGAAACCUCCAAGCUAAUUCAGCAGUAAACCCAAAAUUUGUAAACAAAUUUAGCUAUUUUGGAUUCUCGAUAAGAUAUCAAAAACCCACUUUAAACAGCGAAUAAUAUUUUUAGCGGUUCAAACAUUGCAGGAAACAUUGGAUAAUUUAAUAGUGCCUAAGUAAUUGAGAAAUUAAGGAAUGAUCUUAAAAUUUCUAAUUAGACAAAACAACAACUUUAAAAAAAGAAAAAAAAUAAAAUUGACAUAAAAUAAAAUAUUGAUGAAGAUGAGGAGACUUCUUCUUAAAGUGAAUAAAAAAAAAGAAAUUUAAUAUUUCAAAAGUUGAUUAUGCACUAAAUAAAUAAAUAUUAGAGGGAUUUAAUUAUAUCAGCAAUCAAAAUACUUGGUUUCUUGGUACUGCUAGGAAUAGCUCUUGGGACAUUUAUAAUAUAUUUAGAUAUCAAUAAUUAAUUUGGUAAGAUGAAAAAAAAUAUUGACUACCUAGGGUGGCCUAUGAGCGUAAAGUCUCAAAUCAUUUUAGUAUUAAAAGGAGAAGUGCUCUUAAGAUAUUUAAAGAAUAAUAUUUUUAAUUAUGAAUAAUAAGAUAUAGAUUAGUAUUCCUAAAUAGCUUAACAUUAACUUUAAUAAAAUUAUAAAUUAUUAUAAAAUUUGAUUACAGAUCAGCUGGGAAAAGAUAUUAAUGAAUAUCUAAUAUUUCGAGAUAUUGUGAACACUUAGGUAGAUUACACUUUUUAAAAUUCAAUUAAUACUCUACCUUAUUAAUAUAAUGCUACUAUGUUUUUACAAUAUAACAUAGAUUUUAUCAAUUCAUUUUUAUUUCGAAUAAGCAACAUGCUCCCUGACAGAGAAAACGAUGAAUCAAAUAUUUUUUUAAAUUAUUUAAAAUCUUUAGAUGCCCUAGAUAUAAUAAAUAAUAAUUCUUUAAAUAAUGAGAAUGACAUUAAAUCCUACUUGGACUUUCAGCUCUACUUUGGGCUAUUCGCAAUGAUUACGAUAUCUCUGUUUUUUGCAAUAUCAGUUUUCCCAUUGUAUGCAAUCAUUUCCUCUUACUCUUAAAAAGUUUUGAAAAUCUUCUCUACUUUUUCUCAUGAUCUCCUUACUCAGAUGCAUACUCAUCUAAAUUAAUUUUCGAAGCAUAUUAAGAAAAAUAAAAAGCUCUUAACUCACCACCAAUAAUAGAAUAUUUUAUUGUUUGAAACUAUGAGAAUUGAAAAAAAAAGAAAUAUUUCUGAUACGACUGAUCUUCCAAAAUUAAAAAUUUUCCACAUCCUUUUUUCAAUCUCCUGUUUUUUGAUGAUUAUUGUUUAUCCUCUGCUUAAUUUUUUUCUUUGCCAAGCUUUUGUAAAUGAAUAGCACCAAAAUCUCAAUUUACUAUAAAUUCUUUUUUAUACUAAAUCACUCUCGAUUGAAAAUAUUGAACUUAACUAUCUGAUAAGUUAUAAGAAAAUGAUGCCUAAUGAGUAUUCUAGUUUUAAUGUUACUUAAUUUGAGAUGAGAGGAAAUGUACUUAUAGAUAAAAACACAUAAGAUAUUGAUUAGCUUUAAAUUAUUGUAAAGUAGUAACAUCAAUUUAUUAGAAGAAAUUAAGACGAAUUUUAUAAUUUUGUUUUGGCUAUUUUAGAGGGAAAUGCGUGUAAUGUGAUAAAUUAAAAUAGUAGAUAUUUUAAUAACUAAUCAGAUCUAACUUACAGCAAUUGCUUAUAAAUAAGAAAUGGAAUAUUUACAAGAGGAUUAUUACUAAGUAUUAGUGAUACAUUUGGAAUCAUGCCGAUUGUAGCUUCAUUAUACAAGAUAAAUGAUCCUAUUCUUUAUAAAUAACUGCUCAACGCAUAUUAAAAAACAACUAGCCUUGUUGAUCUUGAUAAUUAUAAUGUAGGUCUUUCUAUUUUUAUAGAUGCAUGCAAAAAUUUCAUUCUUGAUAUAAGCUAAUCAUACUUUAGUUACAUGUAUACAGUCUAGCUAGCCCUUAUUUGCUACCAAAUUAUCUUGCUUCUUCUUAUUUUUUACUUUGGUUGGAGCUACUUCUGUAGCAAUUUGCAAAAUUAAUUAUAUUCUUCAAAGUAGCUGUUUUCGCUUUUUCAUAUAUCUUUUCUUAUAGAAAACCCUUACUUUUACUCUUAUUUUUCCUCCAGAAAGUUUAAAAUUUGA